AGCUGGGGAGAGGAGUGCGUUUACGCGAUACGGUACAUGUACCUCCCCACCAUGACUGACCAAUGUUCCUGAGAUGCUCACCUGGAUCUAGUUUGAUUCCACAUCGUGACUCGUGACUCGUGGCACCUCUGCCUUUCCCCUCCCACUUCCGCUUAGCUGAGCGUAGCGGACGACCACAAAAUUAGCGCGGCACGGCCUGCACAAACCGCGGACGUCCCAUGGCAGCCUCCCGUUCCCCUCGCUAAGACAAAACAGGCCGGGACAUCGGAAGUAGCAUAGAAUCCUCCCGCCUCUGUGCGCUCCGCCUGCCGCCCCGCUCCGCCCCGCCCCGUUCCGCCCCGUUCCGCCCCGUUCCGCCCCGUUCCGCCCCGUCCCGCCCCGUCCCGUCCCGUCGCGUCGCGUCGAGUCCCGUCCGUCGCUUCUCGUCUUAUCCCGCUCCGUGGAGUCCCGUUCCCGUCCCAUUCGAUGCGCGCCAUCAUGCGCGGGGGUUCUCCGCGCCGUCGGCGCCGUCACGCGCUCCUUGCCAUGCGGGUAGCGGUCGCCCUUGCGCUGCUGCACGCCAUGGCGGAACUUCCGCCGCGGGGAGCAACCAUGGUGGAACGGAGCCAUGCACGCGCUAGUAGGCGUCGGUCGGCGUUUUUCCUGUUCGCCGCCGCGCAGAACAUAAGCGACGCAGAUAUGAUGGUGUUGGAGCAGCUCAAGGUGGAGUGGGGCGCCUUCCCCGGGAGCGCCACGUGGCAGAGCGGCAGACCGUGCGCGCGGAUGGCGGGGGUGACGUGUGACGCGAGGGGACACGUACUCAAAUUGGUGCUGAGCAGGAGGCAGCUCACGGGGUCGCUGCCAACGGCCCUCGCCGACCUCCCCUCCCUUCAGCACCUGGACCUGAGCAGCAACAGGCUGUACGGCGCCAUUCCCCUCGACUUUGCCAAUUUUCCCUACCUGCAGCGGAUCAACCUGCGCAGCAACCAGCUCUCCGGCUUCCUCCCCCAAGACUGGCCGCGCUCCCUCACCGCUCUCCUCCUCGAGAACAACUACCUGCUGGGCGACGCUUACCUCUCCUCCUGCCCCGCCACCCUCUCCCUCCGCUCCAACUGCCUCUCCUUCCCCCCCCCCUCCUCCUCCUCCGCUGCUUUCCGCUGCUCCCCCACCGCCCGCCACCCCCAGCGCUCCCUCUCCGCGUGUGCGGCCUUCUGCGGGCUCUCCCCCUCCGAGCCACCAUGCUCCGGCGUAGGAACGUGCCGCCCGGGGCGGGGCGGCCGGCCCACGUGCGAGUGCGAGGAGGGGUAUGUGAACCGGGUGGCACCGGGGUCGUGUGUGCCUGAGGCGCUGACGGACUCCUUCUCGCUGUCUCUUGCGGAUUCCCCUUCCCUGCGCUUCAAGGGCUCGGCGUUCCUCUCGGCUCCGAAGUCUGGCACCUCUGCGGUCGCGGUGGCGGCUGCUGCUGCUGAUGCUGCUGCUUCUACAGCUGUGCAGGAGGAGCAGUCUGCUGCAGUGCUGCCUCAAGGCAGUCCUGAGGACACGCGCCAAGACACGCCUCGAGGCACAGCCGCAACCACAACCACAACAAUAAAGCCCUAUCUCACUCUGAAUCCAGAUCCCGCUCCGAGCCCGAAUCCCGCUCCGAGUCCAACCCCCGCUCCGAGUGCGGAUCCGGACCCGCCCUUUUAUGUGCCACCGCCGCCUGCCAGCUCCCUGGACGAGCUCGUGGUGAGUCCUGCUGUGCGCGGUGCGUGGGGCACCGUGACCCUCCUCCCUCUCAUCACCCUCUUCACCUUCUCCUCCCUGCAAGACCCCUGCGGCCGCCCGCUCGCCUUCAACUUCUCCUUUGCUUUCACCAUGUCGCCCCCGCUCACCAAGCUUCCCAGGACAUCCUCCUCCUCCUCCUCCUCCUACUCCUCCUCCUCCUCCUCCUCCUCCUCCUCCUCCUCCUCCUCCUCCUCCUCCUCCUCCUCCUCCUCCUCCUCCUCCUCCUCCUCCUCCUCCUCCUCCUCCUCCUCCUCCUCCUCCUCCUCCUCCUCCUCUUCCACCUCCUCUUUCUCCUCGUCCGCUCUCUCCUCCUCUUUAUCAACCUCCCAAGACACAGCCAAAGCAACUGCAAGCUCGCUGGGGAGGCAGGCAGCAGCAGCAGCAGCAGCAGCAGCAAGGGAGGGAAGUGGGGACGGGCUGGCCUUUGUGAUAAGCGCAACGGAGCCCAAAGGGGGCGCGGGCAUGGGGUACCGGGGCAUGGGGAGGCGCAGCGUGGCAGUAGAAUUUGACACGCGGAUGGAUGCUAGGAAUGGUGACCCGGAUGGCAACCAUGUGGGGGUGAAUGUGGGGGGCAGCGCCCGGUCGCUUGCCACGGCCUUGGUGGAAGGCAUGCUGAAUAGUGGCGAUCGGUGGUUUGUGUGGAUCACGUUUGAACCCGAUGCUCCUGCUGGCAGCAAAAGCAGCAGCAGCACCAGCAGCAAAAGCAGCAGCGGGGAGGGGGGAGGAGGAGGAGCGGGAGCGGGGAGGCUGCGUGUGUAUCUAGCAGCGAGGAGGGUGCGACCCGAUAGAGCACUACUGGAUGUGCCUCUGUCGCUGUGCUCCGUGCUCCAGCCCUCACCAUCACAGUCGUCGGUGUUCCUCUCCUUCUCCGCCUCCUCCUCCUCCGCCUCGGCCUCCCUGGUGCCCCAGGAACACCGUGUGCUCUGGUGGGAGCUGCAGACAGGCCCAUCAGACCCCUGCUUUGGCGUCUCAAAGCUCUCCCCGUCCAGCGCAUUCUGCCGCUCCGGCGUGUCCUCCUCCUGCCCCAAUCCGCCCCCGGUGUUUGCCAGUGCUGCUGGUGACGGUGUUGUUCCUGCUGGGGAUGGUGGCGCUGAUGGUGCGGGUGUGAAGGCCUUUGCGCCAUCAGCGGACGAUGGAGGAGAGGGGGAAACUGGUGGCUGUGUUAUUGACGUGUGUGGGGCGGGUGACAAGAACCCAUGCGGUGUGGGCAACUGUGUGAACGACGGCUAUGGCUACUACACCUGCAUCUGCCCGCCUGAUUUCUACCUCGGCAAAUCCACAUUUGGCGCCCCCUCCUGUGCCCCCGGCCCGAGUGAGAACUAUCUGGUGGUGCCGGGGGUUGGCGUGCAGUGCUACCACAUACACCCCCUCUUCGGCCUCACGCUCGACGAAUUCCUGGCGCAGAACGAGAACCUGUCAUGCGACGCCCCCUUGCCUGAGGGCACAAUGGUCAACGUGAAGCCCAGCAACCCGGACGCCAGGCCCUGCUCCGUCUUCUACACCACUCGCCAGAGCGAGACGUGUGAAUCCAUCGCCACUGCCUUCAACCUCACCUCGGCCUCGUCCUGCCCGGACCCUGACCAGCCCUGCGCCGCCGCCCUGCUCCUCCUCAACCCGGGCCUCGACUGCGACGCUGACCCCUCGGGCAAGGACCUCCCAGCGGGCCUCUCCGUGUGUGUGGAGCGCGGCACUGCGAAUGUGCCCGUGUGCGGGCGGACGGUGGUUGUAGAGAGCGCGGAGAACGCUACGUGUGCGUCGCUGCUCGCAGGGCUGAAGCCCCCCCUGAACCCGGCUGAGCUGUACCGCAUGAACCCCGGGAUCUACUGCGAUCAGUUGUUGCCGCCCUCCAAGGACUCGGGAUUCCCAGGGUCGGAGAUAUGUGUUGACGUCGGUAUGGCCAUGACAAUGGGCUCUUGUCCACGCUCUGAGGUGUACCUGGCAACCGAUAACGACAGAUGCGGUGCCAUUCAGUUCAGGUUCUUCAAGGGCAUUAAGAACUGCUAUAAAAGAAUCAAUGGUUACGAUUGCCUUGAUAGGCUCACAAGGGGUACAAGGAUUUGCUUACCGGACCCAGCCAAAAUUAGGCAAGGGAGGUGCUCUGUAUAAAGUGGAAAAAUAUUUAUUUUUAAAGAAUGAAAU